UCUUCCCGACGUCCCUUAUAAAGCUGAUCCCGUCAGCCGUUUGGGAUGUGCUAACUGAUGCGCUGCUCUCACUACCACCUCAGCUAAGACAUUAAAGGGCUUCUGUAACAGACAUAAUAAUGCGUCAGUCGGUGCAGCUCGCGCUGCUUGGCCUCUGUGCAGCGCUGGUUGUCGGGUAUCCGUUCCCGGAGGAGGAGGACUCUGCAAAACACUGGGUGCUCAUCGUGGCCGGAUCUAAUGGCUGGUACAACUACAGGCACCAGGCCGACGCCUGCCAUGCCUACCAGAUAGUCCACAAAAAUGGCAUCCCUGAUGAGCAGAUUGUGGUCAUGAUGUAUGAUGACUUGGCAGAAAAUGAUCAGAAUCCCACCCCUGGAGUUCUGAUUAACAAACCGAACGGCACAGAUGUCUACAAAGGAGUGCCUAAAGACUACACUGGGGAUGCUGUGACCCCUCAGAACUUCUUGGCUGUGUUGAGUGGAGACGCCUCAAAAGUCAAAGGUGGUUCUGGGAAGGUGUUAAAGAGUGGUCCCAAUGAUCAUGUGUUUGUGUACUUCACUGACCACGGCGCACCUGGUAUUCUGGCCUUUCCUAAUGAUGACCUUCAAGUCGAUGAUCUCCAGAAUACCAUCCAGUACAUGCGUAAGAAUAAGAAGUACAAAAAGAUGGUGUUUUAUAUUGAAGCCUGUGAGUCUGGGUCAAUGAUGAACCACCUGCCUGAUGACAUCGAUGUUUACGCCACCACCGCAGCCAACCCGCACGAGUCCUCAUACGCCUGCUACUAUGAUGAGAGCAGGGAUACCUACCUGGGUGACUGGUACAGCGUCAACUGGAUGGAGGACUCUGAUGCGGAGGACCUGACAAAGGAGACUUUGAUGAAGCAGUUCAAGAUCGUCAGGAGCGAAACCAACACCAGCCACGUCCAGCAGUAUGGCAACAAGACUAUGGGCCAUAUGAAGGUUGUGCAGUUUCAGGGAAAUCCAAAAACAUACAGGCCACCCACUGUUCAGGUGACCCCCCAACCAAUCACAAAUAAGGAUCUCACCCCAAGCCCUGACGUUCCUCUGGCUAUUCUGAAGAGGAAGCUCAUGUCCUCCAAUGAUAUCAGAGCUGCAAGGGCCCUGCUGUCAGAGAUAAGCUCCCACCUCAAGGUCAGGGAGACUUUGGCUGAAACUAUGCGUCAGAUAGUUGAGAAGGUGACUGGCAGCACGCUGACGACUGAGGAGGUCCUGAACGAAAGAUCCGAACUCUUCCAACAUCAGUGCUACAAGUUGGCAAACAAUCACUACAAACACAACUGCUUCAACUGGCACAAAUCUGAGUUUGAAUACGCACUGAGGCACCUGUACGCUCUGGUGAACCUGUGUGAGAGGGGUUACCCUACAGAGAGAAUCCUGAUGGCCAUGGACUCAGUGUGCCCCUUCAGUGGGUAAAAAGCACUUGUGUAAAACCAUUUUGGCCUCAAAUUAAACUGCUUUUCCACACCGGAGGAGCAGAGAAACCAAGCUUCAAUUUGCACUGCUGGGAAUCCAAGGAGCUGACAUCAUCAUGUCAUGAACACACUAUUACACGUUUCUACCAUGUUUGAUCUUCCUGAGAGGGUUUUUUUUUACGCUUUAUGAUGAGAUGCACUGUCACUGUGAAGAGUUUGUUGAUGUUUUACUGCUUCUUCUUGCUUUUUUUUUUUUUUUAAGAAUAUAAGACAAUUAUAACAGACUGUCAAAUUGAAUGUGUCAUUAGUGUUUGAUUGAGAUUUAAAGAAUGAACUCCAAACAUAAAGGUUUGCUUUUCUUGAGAGAUUUUGAUUUUAAAUAAAAUUUGA